UGAUCAACGAACAGAGAGAUGGCCAUACAGGUCAUAGCGACGCGUGGAGCUACUCAUCGUUUUCGGUGGCAAGUGCAGCGUAUUGUAAACCAAAGAGUAAAUUCUCUUUGCUUGCAACAAUCGCGAGGGGGUCCGAAUAUUUAUUUAAGAAAUACCGUGACCACCGAAGCGGAUGAUUUCUCAUCAACAUUUGUAAUUGAUAUUUUGAAAUUUUGUAAUCGAAUAGAAUCAUGAAUUACAAUCACUCUGGAGCUAGAAGAGGGAAACCUAAACGAAUGCUGGAUCCAUCGGUUGGGCUUGCAUCUCCAGCACCUGUCAUACCACAAAGCCCAUAUAUGUAUAACCAGCAGGUGCCAGUAAAUGGUAGAUCACAGUCAGAUUACGGUUUUGAUGUAGCGGAACCACCCCCUCCGGCAUAUGGAUUCAACACAGCUCCAAAUUUUCAGCCAGGAUAUAACAAUGCUAACGAACUACGCCAGGAAGCUUAUGUCAGUCCACCACCAUUUGCCACUCAACUUCUGGCUGAACCCAUGGUCACAAAUAUGGCUGUUCAGUAUGGUUCGGCACUUGUUGGAUCAGGAAAACAACAGCUAGAAAAAUACGUCCCCGUCACAGCUCUGAAAUAUUAUUUUGCCGUUGACACAGACUACGUCGUGGCUAAAUUGGCGUUACUCUUCUUUCCCUUCACUCACAAGGAUUGGUCGAUCAAAUAUGAACAGGAUUCUCCACUUCAGCCAAGGUACGAGAGAAACGCCCCAGACAUGUAUAUACCGACAAUGGCAUACCUAACGUACGUCGUAGUAGCAGGAUUGGCUCUAGGAACCCAAGAAAGAUUCACGCCCGAACAGCUUGGAAUGUUGGCGAGCUCAGCUUUGGCUUGGGGAAUAAUAGAGCUGGUAGUGUACACGAUAACACUCUACGUUAUGAAUAUGGAUACAAGUCUUCGAACUCUAGAUCUGCUAGCUUACUGCGGUUACAAAUACGUUGGGAUAAACCUAGCACUUUUAACAUCUCUAGCAUUCCAAAGAUUUGGUUACUACAUAGUUCUUGUAUACUUUAGCAUUUCUCUAGCGUUCUUUUUGGUCAGAUCUCUGAAGCUCAGGGUAAUUCCUGAGGGUCACAGCUCCUAUUCUGCUAGUGGUAAUAAAAGGAGACUUUAUUUCAUAUUAUUUGUGGCUGCGCUUCAACCGAUCUUGAUGUGGUGGUUGUCUUCGCACUUUGUACCAUCUACUGCCGCAGCGUAAGGAUCACAUGACAAAAAAAUUGAAGAGGAAACACGUUGAACAAUAUUUGGGAUCAAGCGAUCUCUGAUGAUUCUUUCCAACUAUUGUUAAGAAGCAUCCCUUAUGGCUCUACGUAUUUGUAUGAUAAUUAACUACACCGAUUGAUUAGGGAAUUUUACUAUAAAUGAAUUGUUCAUUGGGUCAUCUUCCAGCUGAAACUUUUUCCUACCAGACUUUGAAUAAGGAACUGAGAAACAAAAAAAAUCACCUGUAGUGAAAUAAUGACAAACCAAAUAUACUCCUUUAUGACAGUGUUCACUUUUCUUGCGCUGUAGCGCACUGUAUAAGGAAAACAAUAAUAAAUCCUCGUUUUAUAACUUAAUCAGACGGUGACACAUCAAGACCUUAACGUAAGACGUGAGUGAACGCGCGGAAAAUUGAACAUUUUUUGAUGUAAACUAGGUUGGGUCUUUUUUUUCAUAGUUUGAGAUAUUUCCAGAUUUCCACUAUGUGAUGCCUUUUUUUAUAGCAAGUAUUGCAUUCAAUAAAAUUAUAUUUAAAUACGA